UGCAUUUGCAAACCGUGUUGAAGUCGAAUAUGGAAAACUGCAACUCACUUGAUCAGACCGCUCCGGCAACUCCGCCGUCGAAAGGGUGGCGUAGGUUGCGGUUGCUUAUUCAAGCAACCGCAAUACUACGUGCCGCCAACCGUACUCCUUCCGAGGUUGAUUUGAUGUUGGCAAAUUCAGCUGAUGAAAUUAGGCCUUUUCUGAAUCAUUCCGAAGAGCAAGUAGGUAGGGACAGGAGCGGAGCUACACUUGGGGUAGGGGUCCGAACCCCCUCGGCGGAAUUAUACUAUAUAUAAAUGGUUAAAAUUAUUUUUUAUGUAUAUAUAUUAGAUGUUGAACCCCCUUCAAUUAGUUUUUAUAUUUACUUAUGAAUUGUUUUAGUGAAAAUUCUGACUCCGCCACUGAGCAGGGAUAGAAUAUUACAAAAAUCACUGUCGAAUAAUAUGUUGGAUAAUGUGUUAAAUUCAUCACAUAUAUUUACUUCUGGAUAUGUUUAGAACUUCCUUUAAUAGAAGUUUUGACUGUCAAAUCCAUCCGUAGCUAAAUAUGUUUUGUCAUAAUUGUAAUGAUUUUAUGUUCUAUAUUAUAAUACACAAAAACAAUCUGACACAAACCCCCUUAAUUAUAUUUUUUAACGAUCGUGAAACUUAACUAUCUUUACAUAAAAUAAUUGUAAUUUAAUCCUCCUUCUUGAUGAAGAAAAACAUACGGUAAUAUAUUUGAUGAGUUAUUGAUCAAGUGUAAUUUCCAUCCUUUGCAUGCAUGCAUGCAGGAGACGAUAAAGUUAGGAAUCAAAGGGGAAAAUAUUGGAUGAGGGUUGUUGCACUUGUUCGUUUCAUUGUCGUUGCCAAAAUAGCUGCGGCCAGGCGACAUUCUAUGAGCAACUAUGUCCAGGCAAGUAACUAUUUCCUCACUCCUACAGUAUACAUAUACAUCAAAAGGACCAAAAUAUUCACUACCAUUAUUAGUGCGAAUGCAUUUUAAUUUCUUCGAAUUAAUGAUCUUUAAGAUAAGGCUUGAAAUUUGUUGAACACAUUAUGUGCUUAAUCUUUGAAGCUUGCGAGAAUGGCAUUUAGUGGAAGUAACUGAAGGAAAUUGGACAGGUCAUCCAUAUGGGUCAAUCCAAAUUCAUAUUAAAUAAUAUAUAUAUAAUUAUUUAUAUAGUUAAAUUAGUAAUUAGGAAAAGAGAAGAGUUGUUUCUGUUGGGAAUUAAUUGAAGAGUUAUGUCUCUUAAGAUAAGAUAAAAAUCAGAAAAUAAAAUAAAAACGACGUUCUUCUGGUACUCUCUCCCACUCUCUUUCUCCCCUCUCUCUUUCUCUCCAAAAACUCUUUUAUUCUUGUGCGAAUAACUUUAGUUGAAGAUUCUGUGAAGAUCAAAGUAAUCUCUACCAACGUUUGAAACAAUCUUCUGUAAUAAGUUACGAAUCAUAGACUGUGAACUUUCGAUGUAAUUCAUAUUUUAUACAUAUGUGAUUACACUAUUAGACUAGUGAAACGAAUUUAAUAAUACUGCAAAUUAUGUGUUUGAUUAGAUUCUUCAGUAACAAAAGAAAGUGCACCACUUUAAUAUUUGAACCUCACUUUAAAAGUACCACACAAGUCAGGUACUUGCUUCACUAUUUCAAGCUUUCUUGAAGAGA